CCCCGCGGCAGGCUCACUUCCGGCGCGGCCGUUAAGAUGGCGACGCCCAUGCACCGGCUGAUUGCCCGCAGACAGGCGGAGGCCAACAAGCAGCAUGUGAGGUGUCAGAAGUGUUUAGAGUUUGGCCACUGGACAUAUGAAUGUAAAGGGAAGAGAAAAUAUCUGCACAGGCCUUCCAGGACAGCUCAGCUGGCCAAAAUCCUUAAGGAGAAAGAAAAGCAGCUCCUGCUGCAGCAGAGCGCUGGAGAAAGUGCUGCAGAAAAGAAGACCAAGAAAAAAAGGUCCAAGAGUGUGACCAGUUCCAGCAGCAGCAUCAGUGACAGCUCAGCCAGCGACUCCUCCUCCGACAGCGAGGACUCCUCUUCCUCCUCCUCCUCCUCCUCAGACAGUGACAGUGAGGACAGCAACUCCUCCUCCUCCUCCUCCCUCUCCUCCAGCAGCUCUUCCUCCUCCUCUGACUUCGAGUCAGAUUCCAGCUCCUCCAGCAGCAGCAGCAGCAGCACAGACAGCAGCUCCGAGGAUGAGCCCCCAAAGAAGAAGAAGAAGAAAUAGCUGGGGAGGAGCAGGACUGGUGUGGAGUGAGUGACACUGCCCUGCCAGGGGCUGGACACACUGCUGCCAAACACUCAAUGGUCAACAUUUCUACUGCUCCCAUUUCUAAGUGUUCUGCCUAGUUGUUCAUAGGACAUGGAAGGUAUUAAAUGGCACGUUAGACUUA